UAUUUACAGACACAAAGACCUGUUGUUCUCAAUAUAUCAAGUGUAACCUUUAAGUUGGACGCAACAACAACAGGUCCACUGGUCCAACUGUAUAAAUUGAAACGCACGUCCAGUUGGAAAACACAGUCUCAUUAUAAUUUCGAAUAACAAAAGAAUGGCACAUUUUUCUGUAGUUUCACUCACCCAAGUUGUUUUGCUGUUGGUUUUCAUCUGCUGGACGACGAGUUCGACUGGCGCUGCCUUUUCAUUGGAGGAAGAAUUCCUACAAUUAAAGGAAAAUUAUAUUCAAAUGAAACAACUCUUUGAAUCAACAACGAUUGAACUGCAGGACAAAGUGACACAACUGGAGGCGCAACUUGAACUAAAUAAUGAACAAAGACAAGAUUUGGCAUUGAGAGUAAAACAAGUAGAGGAAAAAAAUGUCCAACUGGAAGUCAAAAUUCAGGACCAAGACAGAAUUCUAAUUUCCUUAUUGGAAGUUUCCACUGAUUCAAAAUUAUUUCAAAAUAAUAAUAAAAUUGCAAUUCGAUCAACUGGAAGGAGCGGAAUCCCAAGGACAUGCCAAAAACUUCAUGUGGCCGAUCCUUCACUUCCAUCCGGAAUGCACUGGAUCGAUCCGGACGGAGAAGGUGUCGGCGAUGACCCAAUUUACGUUUACUGCGACAUGACAUCAGGAUCGACCUCAAUUCUACACGAUAGUGAAUCUUCUUUAAAUGUCGGUCAAUGCGCCGAGGCCGGGUGUUAUUCCCGUUCCAUCAACUACAAUUCGUCAAUCGGACAAAUAAAAGCUUUGAUGGAAUUAUCCACUGAAUGCCAUCAGUCGAUUAGAUACGAUUGCAACUUUGCCCCGUUCGAGUUAAAUGGUGUCGCCUAUUCCUGGUGGAACGACAGAGAAGAAAAUUCACAAUACUUUUGGGCCGGAAAUAACACGGACGGAGUUCACACCUGCCAGUGCGGAAUUGAUGCAAAUUGCAUCGAUCCUGCGGCGAAAUGCAAUUGCGAUGCUCUUGCACCACUUCAAUUAGUCGACGACGGUGUCAUUACUGACAAAAAUGUUCUGCCCAUCACUCGAUUGAAUUUCGGACGAACUCAACUGGAAACUUCAUCCGGCGUCCACACCCUCGGCCGACUCGUUUGCACAGCGAAUUUAGGUUUGAUUCCAAAGUCGUGCCAAGAUUUGUGGUUAAUUGGCCACACCCUGAACGGAUUUUAUUCCGUCAUGGGAUCGGCGAAAAUGGAAUCCGUUUACUGCGACUUCACUAAACUACCGGACGAUGCGGGUUUCCAGAAAUGGAUCGGAUACGCCGACGUCAAAUCGGCACCCGUCUAUUUCUACGUCCAGAGAUAUAAUGAUUUUAACAAAACAACAACUCCGCUUCCGUUCGAUGUGGCGCUGGUGAACGAGGGAAACGCCAUGAAUUUGGCAUCGGGGAUAUUCACGGCCCCGCGACCGGGAAUUUAUUUUUUCUCAUUCACAGCAGUUGGGGUUCUUAAAUCUUCGUCGUUUUGGGUUAAUUUUUUUUCUCGUCUUUAUUUGAACGGGAAUAUAAUCGGGUCGGGUUUUGUUUACGAGGGUAACUACCCCGUUAAUCAAUAUAGUCCUGUGACACUCCAGUCGACGCUCAACUUGAAAAAAGGCGAUCAAGUAUGGGUGCAGAUUGAUUAUUCUGGUUCAUUCUCGUAUUUGCUUGACAAUGGUCAAAACCAUUUUACCCAUUUCACGGGUUUCAUGUUGGAGGAGAAAAUUGCGAUGUCCCUUUGAGGUUCAACUUCAUCGGCGACAUGAAACAUUUUUGACUAUUUUUGUUUAAUAUCUUUUUGUUUAAUGUUUCAUGCAGUGUUCUGCCGAAUAAAGUUCUUU